GGGCCCCCUAGAAGUGCGCUGACAACUCCCGGGCACUGGGUGCAGCCUCUCUGCAACGCUAAAAGCUGGUGCUAAGGCAAGAGACCUUCGCUGACAAAGAGAAGAUGCUGCUGAUGCUGAGCAAGAUGCUAUUUGUUCUAAUCCUUUGGCACCAAACAUCAGCUUACCAGAGUCCAGGGCCAGGUCCUGAGUAUGCAGAUGUCGUUUUUCUGGUGGACAGCUCUGAUCACCUGGGAAUUAAGUCCUUCCCAUUUGUGAGAACGUUCAUCAACAAAAUGAUCAACAGUCUCUCCAUAGGCACUAACAAGUACCGGGUGGCCCUGGCCCAGUAUAGCGACAGGCUCCACAAUGAAUUCCAACUGGACACCUUCAAGGGCAAGAACCCCAUGUUGAACCACCUCAAGAAGAACUUUAAGUUCCUUGGUGGGUCCCUGCGGAUAGGAAACGCCCUCCGAGAGGCUCACAGGACCUAUUUCUCCACACCCACCAAUGGGCGAGACAAGAAGGAUUUUCCCCCCAUUUUGGUGGUCCUGGCUUCCGCCGAGUCUGAGGAUGAUGUGGAAGAUGCUGCGAAUGCGCUGCGGAACGACGGUGUGCGGAUUGUCUCCGUGGGGAUGCAGCAAGCUUCAGAGGAAAACCUGAAGGCCAUGGCCACGUCUGAGUUUCAUUUCCGCCUGCGGAUAGUCAGAGACCUCAGCACGUUUUCCCAGAACAUGACGCAGAUCAUCAAGGACGUCACUCAGUUCAAGGACGGAGCCGUUGAUGUUGAUUUACCAAUUCCGGUGCUCAGCCCCUGUCAUAGAGAUUCGCUCAUGGACCUUGUGCUCCUGGUGGACGAAACAUUCAGCAGCAGGCAACAAUUAAGGGACUUGCAGAGUUUCCUGGACCAGAUCACUGCCUCUAUGGAUGUGAAAGCCAACUGCAUGAGGCUUGGGCUGAUGAGCUACAGUGACGGAGCAGAGGUGAUCUCUCUUCUGAAAUCAAGCACGACCCAGUCUCACUUUCAGCAGCAAAUCCAGAAGCUUUCUCUCCGCGCUGGGAAGUCCAACACUGGAGCUGCCAUUGAGAAGAUGAGGAGAGAAGCCUUUUCAGAGUCCGGCGGCAGCAGAAGAGCCCAGGGAGUCCCCCAAAUUGCCGUCCUGUUCACCCACAGACCAUCCACUGACCAAGUGAAAGAGGCAGCAUUCAGACUCCGCCAAGAGGGCGUAACUGUGUAUGCCAUGAGCAUCCAAGGGGCCGACAAUAGCCAGCUAGAAGAGAUAGUGUCCUACCCCCCAGAACAGACGAUUUCCAAGCUGGAUUCCUAUGCAGACUUGAAAACUUAUAGUCCGAAAUUUGUGAAAAAGAUCCAGAAUAAAGUAUGGUCCUAUAUUUCUACUCGGGCUGAGCAGUUAGACCUGGAUAAAGCUGGCUGUGUGGACACAGACGAGGGCGAUCUCUAUUUCCUCAUCGAUGGUUCAGGCAGCAUCCGGAAAGAACAGUUCAUGGAAAUCAAGGAGUUUAUGUCGGAGGUGACAAACAUGUUCAGUAUUGGCCCAGAUAGAAUCCGAGUUGGAGCUGCACAGUUCUCGGACGAGUGUACACUGGAAUUUGAUAUCGACAGCUAUUCUAAUAAUGUUGACGUAAGGAAGGCUGUUUUUAACCUCAAGCAGAAAAAGGGUCGUACUUUCACGGGCCAGGCUCUGACUUUUAUGCAGCAAGUGAUAAAGGAGGGACGGAAGCACCGCUUCUCUGCCAUUCCCACCUACCUCAUUGUGCUGACUGACGGGAAGUCCGAUGAUCGGGUCCUGGAGCCUGCACAGAGCCUAAGGGCCGAAGGGACCAUCAUCUAUGCCGUUGGCAUUGGAGCGGCCAUUAAGAGAGAGCUGAGUGAAAUUGCUGGGGUAGAAGAAAGGGUUAGCUAUGGGAAGAACUUUGAUUCUCUCAAAAGUAUAAAGAAUGAAGUCGUUCACAGCAUCUGCACUCAGAAGGAAUGUGAAGACAUGAAGGCUGACAUCAUGUUUCUGGUGGAUAGUUCUGGAAGUAUAGGACAAGACAAUCAUGGGACAAUGAAAACUUUCAUUAAAAACCUGCUAAAUAGGAUCCAAAUUGGUCCCAGCAAAACGCAAAUCGGACUUGUUCAGUUCAGUGACAACAUCAGAGAAGAGUUCCCCCUUAAUAAAUACUUUUCCCAUCAAGACAUUUCUGGUGUGGUAGACUCAAUGCUUCUUAUAGGUAGAAACACGCUAACUGGCCAUGCCCUGGACUCCACCUCUCCUUACUUCACCUCCGCCAGAGGAAGCCGUCCUAAGGUUAAAAAGUUUCUCAUCCUCAUCACAGAUGGGGAAGCACAAGACAGUGUGCUAGAACCUGCUCAAAGGCUUCGGGACCAAGGUGUGAUCAUCUUCUCUGUAGGGGUGUUUGGGGCCAACCGAACCCAGUUAGAGGAGAUUAGUGGGGAUGGCAAGCUGGUUUUCCAGGUGGAGAAGUUUGAAGAUCUGAAGGCCAUCGAAAGCGAACUCAUCUUUCGGGUGUGCACCGUUGACGAGUGUAAAGGGAUCCAGCUGCUGGACGUUGUGUUUGUGCUGGACAAUUCAGGCAGCAUCAGUGAAGAACAGCUACAAAGCAUGAUGAACCUGACCAUCCACUUGGUGGAGAAGGCGAAUGUUGCCAGCGACCGGGUCCAGUUUGGAGCUCUGAAAUACUCGGACCAUCCCGAGACUCUGUUCUACCUGAAUACCUACUCAAGCAGAAAGGGGAUAACUGAGAAUCUGCGGAGGCGCAGGGCCACUGGCGGGUCGACCUACACGGCCAAGGCCCUCGAUUACUCCAACACCCUGUUCACGGAGGAACAUGGCAGCCGCCUCCGACAAGGCGUGAAGCAGAUCCUGAUCAUCAUCACCGACGGGGUAUCCCACGAUCGGGACCAUCUCAACCACACGGCCUUGAAGCUGAGAGAGAAGGGGAUCACCAUCUACGCAGUGGGCGUGGGAAAGGCCGACAGAGAUGAGCUGGAGAUGAUGGCAGGGAGUAAGGAGAAUGCUAUUCACGUGGAAAAUUUCGACAAACUGAAAGAUAUUCACCAGCUUCUCCGAGACAGUCUGUGUGAAGUUUCCCCCGAGGUCUGUAACCGCCAGAAAGUCGAUGUGGUUUUCCUUUGUGAUGGCUCCGAUGUGGUCUCUGAUCUGGACUUUACAACCAUGGUCACAUUUGUGUCCAAAUUAACUGAUGAUUUUGACCCUCAGCCGCAACGAAUGAAAAUUGGGAUGGCCCAAUUUGGGAGCCGCUAUCAGGAAAUUAUUGAUUUGGACAGUUCGUGGAACAAAACCAAGAGGAUGACUCAAAUCAGAACAAUUGACAAGAGCAAAGGGGAUCAGCGAAUCGACAAUGGCCUGGAUCAUGUGAUGAGUCUGUUUGACCCGUCGAAUGGUGGGAGAAGACAUGAAGGUGUCCCACAAACUUUGCUUGUGAUCAUGUCUGGGUCUCCAAAAUUUAAUGUGACAGACAAGGUCCAGAAACUGAAGGACCUUGGGAUUUGUGUCCUGGUGAUGGGCAUAGGAGACGUUCAUAAAGAACAGCUUUUGCCAAUAACAGGCAAUUCGGAAAAAAUAAUCACUUUUCCAGACUUCGGUAAACUGCAGAACAUGGAUGUGAAGAAAAGACUCACGCGUGAGAUCUGCCAGAGCUGCAGGAAAAGCAACAACAAUUGCUACAUCGAUGUAGUGGUGGGCUUUGACAUUUCCUCUCUUCGGCCGGGGCAGCUUUUAUUCCAGGACCAUUCCCAGCUGAAAUCAUACCUCCCAAAGAUCUUAAAGGACAUCAGCUCCAUCAGUGGGGUGAGCUGUGGGGCAGGUGCAGAGGCUCAGGUGAGCAUGGCCUUUAAAGUGAGCAGUGACAGAGAAUUCCCCUCCAAGUUUCAAAUCUACCAGGACGGCCUCUUUGUCAGGCUGAGUGAGGUCACUGUCGGCGGACCAACUCAUCUCAGCACUGAGUUUUUGCAGUCGCUAUGGGACACCUUCGAGGACACAUCUGCAUCCCGAGGACAGAUACUCCUCAUCUUUUCGGAUGGCCUUGGGGAUGCCGACAUCAACAUGCUUGAAGACCAGUCAGACCGGCUCAGAGAAGCAGGACUUGAUGCUCUGCUGGUGGUCUCCCUAAAUCCAACUUCCAAUGAUGAUUUCUCAAGCUUCGAAUUUGGAAGAGGUUUUGAUUACAGGACUCACCUGACCAUUGGAAUGACAACGCUGGGAAAAAUGCUAUCGAAAUACGUGGGUAACAUUGCAGAAAGGACCUGCUGCUGUACCUUCUGUAAGUGUGCAGGACCUCCAGGAGCGCCCGGCAUUCCAGGAUCCAAAAGCAUCAAGGGCUCUCCCGGUUUCAAAGGUAGCGGCGGACACUGGGGAGAGGUUGGAGACCCUGGACGGCGUGGAGAUCCCGGACCCCCAGGAGACAAAGGGGUUGCAGGGUGUCCAGGGGAAAUAGGUCCAAAGGGAAUCAAAGGAUAUUCUGGAAAUAAGGGCAGACCUGGAGAGAGCGGGGCGAAAGGCAGCCCCAGCCCCAGAGGAAGCAGAGGGAGAGCAGGCCAAAGGGGGCCCCCAGGUCUCGAGGGGCAACCAGGAAGUUCUGGACUUAAAGGUGCACCAGGAAAUGAAGGAUUACAAGGACCACAGGGGCAAAACGGAAAUCCUGGCAGGAAAGGAGAAAAGGGAAGCCCCGGGUUUAAAGGACCUCAGGGUUCUCUAGGACCCGCGGGACCCAAGGGGAGCGACGGAAGACCUGGACUAUCGGGCAAAAAAGGAGAACCUGGACUUCUUGGUGGCCCGGGGUCACUUGGACCACCCGGACAAAGAGGAAGGCAGGGAGAUUAUGGCCUCCCAGGCUAUGGUCAGAUGGGACGGAAAGGCGUAAAGGGUUCACGAGGAUUCCCUGGAGAUAUGGGGCAGAAGGGUGAUGUUGGCAAUCCUGGAACAGCUGGCAGUCCCGGACCCAGAGGAUUCCGGGGACGAGUUUUCACUGAAGGCUUUCCAGGGGAAAAGGGAUCACCAGGAACCCCAGGCCCUCCUGGACGCAUCGGCCCUAAAGGUGCAAACGGGAUCACUGACACUUCUCCAUGUGAGCUGAUCCAGUUCUUGCGAGAUCACAGUCCUUGUUGGGAAGGAAGAUGCCCAGUCUACCCAACCGAGCUGGUGUUUGCUCUGGACCAGUCCUACGGCAUCACAGAACAGAGAUUUAACAAAAUCCGGGGCAUCGUCACGUCCAUCGUCAAAGACCUGAACAUCAGGGAGAAUAAUUGCCCGGUGGGAGCAAGAGUGGUCGUGGUUUCCUAUGACUCAGACACCAGCUAUCUCAUCCGCUGGUCUGACUAUCAUAGCAAGAAGCAACUCCUCCAGCUUCUUUCUCAAAUAGGAUAUCAAAACCCCACAAAGCCCCAAGACAUUGGCAAUGCCAUGAGGUUUGUGGCCCGGCAUGUUUUCAAACGGACUUAUGCAGGGGCCAACGUGAGAAGAGUGGCUCUGUUUUUCAGCACCGGUCAAGCAGCCAACAAACUCUCCAUCAUCACUGCCACCAUGGAGCUGAACGCCCUCGAUAUCAGCCCGGCAGUCUUCACUUUUAACGAAAGAGAUUUCCUGGAUGAGGCUUUUGGGUUUGACAACACUGGGACAUUUCAGGUGAUUCCAGUUCCCCCGGAUGAGGACUAUGACCCACUACCACGACUUCGGCCAUGUACACUGUGCUAUGAUAAAUGUUUUCCAAAUACUUGCACCAAAGACGUUUUUAUACCUGAAAAUUCAUAUUUGGACAUAGCCUUCCUCUUAGACAAUUCUCAAAAGAUAGCAACCGAUGAGUUUAAGGCCAUGAAGACACUGGUGAGCUCCAUGCUUGACAGCCUCAGCAUUGCUUCCAAACCCGUAACGUCAGCAUCGGGCGAUCGGAUCGCCUUGCUGACCUAUUCUCCUGGGGACAGAAGACAAAGGAGUGUCAUGAAAACAGAGUUUGGGUUUACGCAUUAUGCCAGCCAAGUCCUGAUGAAGAGACACAUUCAGAAUGCCCUGCACCAGCUUCAUGUGGAAACCCCCAUUGGCCGGGCUCUACAGUGGACCAUAGAACAUCUCUUCCCACAAACACCCAACUUAAGGAAAUACAAGGUCAUCUUAGUGAUCUCAGCUAGAGAAAAUCCUGAGAGAAAGGAAUUCUUAAAGAAGAUGGCUCUGAGGGCCAAGUGUCAAGGUUAUAUCAUAUUUGUGAUUUCUCUGGGCUCUACCCAUAAGGAUGAAAUGGAGGACUUAGCCAGUUACCCCCUUGAACACCAUCUGAUACAGCUUGGGAGGAUUCAUAAACCAGAUCUGGAAUACAUUGUGAAGUUUAUUAAGCCACUGAUAUACUCCAUCAGGCGAGGAUUUAAUCAGUAUCCACCACCGAUGCUUGAGGAUGACUGCAGACUCGUGGAAUCAGAAGGAGAGGACUUUCGAAAUGGCCAGCUCCAAUUUUCUUCCAAGCAAAAUGAGAAUUUUUCAGGCGAGGACAGCUUCUUUGGGGAUGAAAUAUAUACUGAGAGAGACUCGCCUUUUGUGUUGGAGGACAAUGGAAGUGACCAUUUAGUUCACAUUCCAAGCCAAAUAGUUAAGCCACAGACAUUAAUGAUUAAAUAUGGAAAUGCUCAGGCUCCUGAAGAAAUGGCAAGUCUCACUUCUGGGCAUGAAAAUCAUGGCCGAAAAAAAGAAUCCAGUCCAACGUUUGAACCUGUAAACACUUCUCUUCAAGACUAUUACAUGGACGUGGCUUUCCUCAUUGAUGCUUCCCAUAGAAUAGGACAGAGUGAGUUUAAGGCAGUCAAAGCUUCGAUAACCUCAAUGCUCGAUUACUUUUACGUUGCCCCAGAUCCUCUGACCUCCAUCUUAGGAGACAGAGUGGCAGUUCUGACCUACUCUCCUCCGGAUUAUAUGCCCAACUCUGAAGAAUGCCCAGUCUACCUAGAGUUCGAUUUGCUCACUUAUAACAGUGUAUACCAAAUGAAGCACCAUCUCCAAAACUCUGCUCAACAGCUCAAUGGAGAUGUCUUUACUGGCCAUGCUCUCCAGUGGACAAUUGACAAUGUCUUUGAAGGAAUCCCCAACCCAAGGAAAAACAAAGUUAUCUUUAUAGUAUCUGCUGGUGAAACCAACCAUUUAGACAAAGAACUCUUAAUGAAUGUAUCUAUGAGAGCCAAGUGCCAAGGCUACACUCUAUUUGUGUUUUCCUUUGGUCCUACACACAAUGAGAAGGAAUUAGAAGACCUAGCCAGCCACCCAUUGGAUCAUCACUUAGUCCAGCUUGGCCGAAUCCACGAACCAGAUUUGGACUAUAUCACCAAGUUUAUCAAGCCAUUUGUUCAUUUGAUCAGACAUGCCAUCAACAAAUAUCCCCCGACAGAUCUGGGACCCAAAUGUGCCAACUUCACCUCUCCCAACCUAAACAACGCCGGGACAGAAUACACUAUACCCCGUCAUCCUGAAGUGCAUGGAACAGAUUCAGAGAGUGGUAAGCCGUUUGGUGAAUUUGAUUCCCAGGAGCAGCAUUUCUUUAUAAUAGGGAGCAACCACAGUGAUGGUUCUGAGACCAUGAUUAAUUUGCUCCAGAAAUUAUAUCUGCUCUUUGCAACUGGAGAAAUGAUUAAAAACAAGGAAGAAGCACAGUCAGAAGAAGUCUCAGCUUGUGAAAAUCAUGAACCACAAGGAAAAACAGCUAUUGAAGACACAAGAUGAUCUGAGCAGAAAGGAAAACGGUGCCACCAGCAUUUUUAAUCCCAUGUGAUUCUAGCCAGAAAGGGUACCUACUAGAGAUGGCGUGCUAAGUGGCACAAAUUAUGAGGCAAAGACAUCCAGGAAACCAACUCAGAAACCAGGAAAAGAUGUCAUUUCUUCUGGGACAGCUGGCCCCGAUGACUAACCAGGCCUUUUAUUUGACCACUCUGUACAGCUCAGCCAUCCAUCUUGAUAAUGUGCCAAUGAUUUUAUUUUUGUCAUAAUUAUCAUCACAUCUAGAUCUAAAAUUGAAGUCUUGAGUAAAAGUAAUUCGAAUUGAAUUUUCCUAUGAAAGUCUUCUGUCUGUUCAUAGACAUGAAAUUCAGGCCUCUGUGGUCAGUGCCAACACCACCCUGUCUCCUCUGGCACCUGGGGCUCUGUCGAGCCCACGCCUGGGCGACUGCCUCCUUGCCAGAACACUGACCAAGGAAUGGGACGAGCUCAGAGAAAAUCAUGAGACGAUGUUAUUUCAUAAACUGCUAUUUUGUGCUGUGAUAAGUUUCAGUAUGCUUUGCUUUGUGUGUAUUUGCUGUGAAGGAAAAAAAAGAAAGAAAAAUCAGAUACAAAUGUUAUAGGUUCAGAGCUGUUCUUGGGAAUCACCAUAUAAUGGAUGACAAUUCCUAAAUUAAAAGUCCGUCCUGGAA